AUGCUUCGUACCAGUGCCUUCGACCAGAAUACAUACGACUGGCCUUUACCUACUUCUGCCCCUGAAUACGACACUACUACAUGUUUGGAGGACACCUGCACUGAUGCGCAUGCUUUUUUUCAUCAAUGGCUGCCGCCUCUCUCCGACGCCUUUCCCAGCCAACACAGUCUCGAUCAGCAGACAACCGCAGAACUAGAUGCGCAUAUUCUCUCCGUUACAAAAUUGGUUGAUAAUCAUGAUGACGAUAACGACGACGAUGCCGCAUCCUUCAUUUCGUACUCGUCUCAAUGCAACGAUAAGAUCAUGUUUAUUACAAGCAUUGUCAAACACGAAAUCGACACCACUACUUGUACCGUUGAACUGAACAUCAUGUGGUCCAACGGCGAGUGGGGGUGGACCUCAGAGCUCGAUGCUCAGAAGUCCGUGCCAGAUAUUGUCUACCGGUACUAG